CAAGGACAAGCAGAAGAAGAAGAGGGACGCUGCAUUGUUGUUCUCAAUAUAACACUCCUCACACUCUUUUACAAUCGCACUGUUCGUUUGUCACCCCCACUGCCCGCAGCCAGCCGCCCCAUGCGCACCACCGCAGCGGCACCACCACCACAGCAGCAGCAGCGAUGAACACGCCGCCGCCGACAUCAACCAAGCCGGGCCUGUUCGACUCGCCGGCAUCAUCGACGCCGAGCACGUCCAAGCCCGGGCUGUUCGACUCGACGACGACCUCGCUGCGCGGCGGGUCGGGCAGCACCUCGCCAACCCUGGGGGACAAGUACGCCGACAUUGAGGCCGGCGAGCCGGCGCUGGGAUAUGAUGAGCCCCUCCCCGGCGGAAUCCAGCUCCCCUCCGACGAGAGCACACACGACCCGCACAACCCGUGGCCCCGCCUCGGCAGGCGCCUAGCCAGACUGCCCGGCGUGCCCCCUCUGCUGCGGGUCACGAACCGCAUCCUCGGCCCGACGCAGCGCAAGCCCCCGCCGGUCCCCUCCGCGCCGCUCACACUAUCUCUGACUGCCGGCGCGCGCAACUACAGCUUCAACCCGGACGGCGGGUUCGCGCGCCUCUCGCGCCGCCUGCACCUGCGCUACUGGUGGCUGCCGUUCCUUGCGUGCUGGGCGGCGCUCAACAUCGGCCUCAUCAAGGCGGCGUACUACCUCCCCUCGUCGCCCGCGAUGAUAGGCUGCACGGCGACAAUGUGGCCGGACUGGCCGCCCGACACGUGCGGUGUGAAUGGCACAGCAUGCGUCGCGGACCUCACGCCCGGCGUAUACCGCUGUCCCGGCGGCUGUGCGAACACCAACCUCGUGAACCCGCGCUGGAUUGGCGCGAGCAAGAUCAGCGGCCGCCCGCUGGUCGUCGGCGGAGGCGAUGAGCGGGGCGUGUACCGCGCCGACUCUUGGGUGUGCCCUGCUGCCGUGCACGCGGGCGUCAUCUCGCCCACGUUCGGCGGCUGCGUGAGCAUCACCACGCUGCCGUACCCGGCCGGUUCGGCAAACUACACGUCGUCGACGUCGCGCUCGAUCAAGAGCUGGCCCUUCGCACCCCACUUCCCGGCAGCCUUCACCCUCUCCUCCUACGGCUCGCUGGCCCAGUGCAUGGAGUACCACUGGCCCAUCACGGCCACCAACGUCGUGCUACUGUUCAUCUUCACGCUGCUCUUCUCCCCGCCACCAGUGGCCCUGUUCGCGACCCUCCUCGUGGGCGGGUACGCGCACAUUGUGCUAGUGUCCGACCCGCCAAGCCAGCCGCCCGACUGGUCGGCCGUGUUUGGCGGGCUGCCGGCCGUCCUGCUGGCAGGGUACUGGAUCUACCGCGUGUCCUUCCGCCACACGCUGGCGGGGUGGGCGCGGGCGAACUUACCGCUCGAGGCGGCGCUGUGGCAGGGGUGCGGGUUCUGGAUCGGGAUUGAAAGCAGCACCGUGUUCGCCAAAGUCCCCAUCCAGCGCCUGGGGUACGGCGCGCUCUCGCCCGGCGGCGUGAUCGCGCUCGUGGUCAUCGUGCUCGUCGUCGCGGUCAUCGUCGUCAUCCAGGCGGUAGAGCUGCGCCGGCUCGGAAUGUUGCGGUAUUACCUUGCGCGGUACCUCCCCCUGGUCCCCAUCCUCAUCGUGCUCGCAAACCUAGGUAGCGACAGCUACCUCCGUCCGCACCACUACCUCCUCUGCCUCGCCGCGUUCCCCGUGCUCAGCCUGCCCAACCGCAUCUCCCUCUGGGCGCAGGCGUUCUGUCUCGGCUUCUUCCUCGACGGUGUCGGACGGUGGGGGUGGGCGAGCAUCGUGCAGGGCUUUGCCGAGCUCGUCGGCGACGCAAAUCUCGGCACGUUGCAGCCUGUGCUUCAAGCGUCCGCCGUGACCCUCUCAUGGCCCCCGAUCAACGAUACCCUCACCGCGGCUGGAUUCAGCGGCGCGUCCCUCCUCGUCGACGACAUGGUCGUCGCGGGUAACUAUACCGGCUCGAACUUUACCUUGUCACAAGUUACCAACGCCACUAUCGAUCCCGCGAUCAACCACUACUUCCGCAUAGCAUACAUUGCAAACGGCUCCAGUCUCGACUUUACCCCACCUUGGACAUGGCUCGCCUCUAACCAAAGCUGGACGAACAGUACGCGGCUAUAGAGACCCAUCAAGAGCGGACAAUGGCAUGACACUAUACUAGACUGCCUAUACACUACACACAAUCUUUCUCAUCUACUUCGGUUGUAUCUACACAAGACCGCUAGCACAUGCAUGUAACGAC